AUGGCGGAAGGAGGAGCGGCAGAUCUGGAUACCCAGAGAGGAGAGGUCGCGGCUCUGUUGAAAACACAGCUAAGGAAGGGAGACACUUGGUACUUAGUGGACAGUCACUGGUUCAAACAGUGGAAGAAAUAUGUGGGGUUUGAUAGCUGGGACAAAUACCAGAUGGGGGACCAGAAUGUGUACCCGGGACCGGUUGAUAACUCCGGGGUUCUCAAAGACGGGGACGUGCUGGCCAUUAAGGAGCACCUCAUCGAUGAGCUGGACUACAUCCUGGUCCCGACGGAGGGCUGGAAUAAGCUGGUCAGCUGGUACGGGCUGAUGGAGGGACAGGAGCCAAUCGCACGAAAGUGUCUGAGCAACACCCCCCCGCUGACGGAGUACUUCCUGAAAGACAAGUACACGGAGGAGCUGAACGAGGACAACCCGCUGGGCAUGAAGGGCGAGAUCGCCCGGGCCUACGCCGAGCUCAUCAAGCAGCUGUGGGCCGGAAAAUACAGCUACGUCACGCCCAGACCCUUCAAGACCCAGGUGGGCCGCUUCGCCCCGCAGUUCUCCGGCUACCAGCAGCAGGACUCCCACGAGCUGCUGGCCUUCCUGCUGGACGGGCUCCACGAGGACCUGAACCGCAUCCGGAAGAAGCCCUACAUCCAGCUGAAGGACGCCAACGGGCGGCCAGACAAGGUGGUGGCCGAGGAGGCCUGGGAGAACCACAUCAAGAGGAACGACUCCAUCAUCGUGGACAUCUUCCACGGCCUGUUCAAGUCCACCCUGGUGUGUCCGGUCUGCGCCAAGGUGUCCGUGACCUUUGACCCCUUCUGCUACCUGACCCUGCCUCUGCCCAUGAAGAAGGAGCGAACGCUGGAGGUCUACCUGGUCCGCCUGGACCCCCUGGCCAAGCCCACCCAGUACAAGCUGACCGUGCCCAAGGUGGGAUACAUCUCCGACCUGUGCACCUCCCUCUCCGGCCUGUCGGGGGUGCCCGCCGAGAAGAUGAUUGUAACCGACAUCUACAACCACCGAUUCCACCGGAUCUUCGCCACCAACGAAAACCUCAGCAGCAUCAUGGAGAGAGACGACAUCUACGUCUUUGAGGUGGCGGUGAACAGAGUGGAGGACACGGACCACGUGGUGAUCCCGGUCCACCUGAGGGAGAAAUAUAAGCAGUCGGGAUACAACCACACCAGCACGCCGCUGUUCGGCCAGCCCUUCCUCAUCGCCCAUUUUUGCUAG